GUAGUCUAUAUAUAAAGUCAAUAUAUUUUAAAGAUUUGUGAGAGAUCACGUAGAAACUUCUGUGUCCAACAUGUCAAACUAAAGACGUCCUCAUAUGUUGAAUUUAUUAAAAUCUAAAACACUUAAAUAUUGUAUUUCAGCCUCAAGGCAUCAAAGGAACACCAAUAAAACACCAUGGCAACAUCAACAACCCCCGGAAUUAGAGAUGUGAUAAUUAUUGUCAAUGAAGGCGAAAAUAACAAACAUUUUCAUGGACACCGUAAAGGUGCUUGUGCUGAAAGACAGAUCCUUCACACAGUCUUUGUAAAUAAAUUUGGGUUUUCUCAAUUUAAUGCAGAUUGUAAUCGUGAUAUAAGCCUAGGCGAUUGGGAUCAUGAUAAAAGACCAACGUCGAUCCAAAAGUUGAAUGCUUCUUGCUGUAUCAAAUGCCAUAUCAAAUCUGCACAGCCAGGAGACAAUAUUAAGCGUGAAAACAACCUACUCGUGGUUGCCAUUUGUUCUCAUGGAGGAGUAGACAGUAAGGGCAGUUACAUAUCUCUUGUUGGAGAAAAGGAAACAGAGCAGUUAUAUAUCAGCGAGCUGCUUAACUUUCUACAAACCUGUGAAACAUUAAAAAAUAAGACCGUUAUAAUUCUUCUGGAAUCGUGUAGAGGACCGCAGGAAGACGCAGGCGUCCCUAUGGAGGUAGUCGAGUCAGCUGAUACAGAGAGUGAAGCUGCCCCGAAAUACCAAGGUGAACACGUUACAUUUGUGCCACCAGAAACAAUCCAGCUAUCUGACGUACCACAAAACUUCAUAAUUGUCUAUGGAACAACUCCUGGCAUGGUGUCGUACAGUGAUGUCAAAGGAUCGUGGAUGGAACAGGCACUACUGGAAGAGGUAGAAAAACUCGAAAAAUCACGUCCCGGAGAAGACAUAAACUUCAUGCAACUCCUCACCAGGAUGAAAGGAAACGUUGCACGAAGAGACACGUCUGGAAAUCAACAAAAUGUAGAGGCUAUGCCAGAAGCGGGUUCAAGUGGCGAGAAAUGCGUCAUUCAGAGCGAGCACCGACUGACCAAACCACCCAUGCUGAACUUGAAAAAGAAUUGAUCUUUCUGCAGUUUAACAAGAACUAUGUUUUAAAAAGACAUUCGGCGUCUGUACUGCUACCACUACUACUACUUUUACUUCUACUAUUCCUACUACUACUUCUACAACUACUUCUACUACUACUUCUACUACUACUACUACUACUACUACUUCUACUACUACUACUAUUACUACUACUACUACUACUACUACUACUACAACUAUUACUGCUGCUGCUGCUGCUGCGUCUGCUAGUACUACUACAACUACUACUGCUGCUGCUGCUGCUACAACUACUACUACUACUACCACUACCACUACUACUACUACUACUUCUACUACUACUACUACUACUACUACUACUACUACUACUACUACUACUACAACUACAACAACUAGUACUACUUCUACAAGAACAACAACAACAACUAAUACUUCUACUUCUACUUCAAUUGUAGUAGUAGUAGUAGUAGUACUACGGCUACUUAUUCUACUACUUCAACUCCUGCUUCUACCCCUACUACUAAAACUACUUCUACUACCUCUACUAUUUUUACAAUGAUAAUGAUAAUAAAGUUAUUUAAAUAGCCAUAUCUAUCGUCAUAAUAAUCAUCGUCUUCAUAAACAUCAGUUCUCUCAUCAGCAUGCACAAGUUACAAACAUAAUCAGUAUUACUACUGCCGAAGACAGAAAUAAGAGAGUUAUGAGGCAUUUUUUUUUAAAUUUAAUUAUGGAACCUUAUUAUUCUCUUAUCAGUAUUAUAAGUUACAUUAAUUAUUUAUCUCUCAUUAUUUAUGUACUGUUUCUUGUUGAUUCAUUUCUGAAUGAUUUUUAUAAAGGUGCCAUAUUAUUUUAGUGUACUUUAUUUACGUCAACAUGACGUCGUUAUGUUAUAUCCUGUUUUAGCGUUAUACGUUUUUGUGAGAUGUAGUGUUCAUUUGUGUUUAUGGUUUAAAGCAUGGUUAUAUCUGUAACUGAUAUUCAUUAAAAUAACACGAUAUCUGCACUAAAUAAACGUCAUCGCUCAUGACGUAUCAGAAAUUGUAUAUAUUUGUGCAUUUCACAUGUAUUUUAUAAGAUUUUUAUUAAAAUAUUAUAUUAUCUGAAAGCAAUGUAUUUUGUAUGAUGGAGAUGAAAAAAGAUAAAUAUGAAUCAAAUAAUGCUGUAUUAUAGCUGUAUUCCAAAAACCUCUAUUAACCCAUUUAUGCCCAGUGGACUCUCCCAUCCUUCUAUAUUGGAUCAAUUUA